GCUGCAGAUUCAUUCAAUCGCAUGAUCUGAGACUGAGGUAACAUUUCACUAGCAUGCAGAGCGAAACUCCGCAAGAGCAGGUACCAGACGCCAGGAAGGCGUACUUUCACUGGAGUUGGGGCUACCUUGAGCGUCUCCAAGUAUGAUAGACCGCUCGUACUAAAUUUGCCCCCGGUGGUUGUAAUACCCUCAACCCAUAUAACUCGAGUUCACGAUGUCCGACUUCCAACACUCACCGCACCUCAUCGAUCAACCAGACAUAUCUACAACCGAAUCGAACCCGUUUUCAUCCCUUUGUCUACCAGCAGAACUACGGAAUAAAGUGUAUAAAUUCGCUAUCGAAAACAAUCAUGACAUACACGAUAACAUGUGCCUUACACAUAUGGUACACGUACCAAGUCUUCCGCCUGACAAGCAGGGCGACACGGCCCGCAAAUCUUCCAUUGGUCUUAUCUCAACAUGCCAGCAACUGCGUACGGAGUUCCGGCCGCUGUUUUACAAAAACUGGGAUGCCUUUAUAGACUUCUCCAAUCUUCUUCGCUUUCUCGAUACAUUCGCACCAAACAACACUUUCUUCCCAUCACUAACUCACAUUACGGUGCAUCUGAAAGAUGAAGACUGGGAUAUACAGGAAUGGAACUUGUUGGCUUUAUUACGCGUCAUGAAGCGUAUCCCGAAAACUACUUGGACUUUCGGACAUGCUUCGAAUAAUCUAUCAGCCGUGAGCUGUACAUGCGAUUCUCUUGAUUACCUCCGAAUUCUUCACAAACUUGGGUUUCUGGAUACACUGGGGCUCGAUUCCUAUGAUGCACUUUACUUCGCUUAUUCGGCCGGGGAUCGACACGUAGCCAUGAUGCCUGUGGAUUGCCCAGCGUUGUACGAUGGCGAGUGGAAGAUCGUGCCUUACAAUGAAGCAGGCAUUUUGACUCAUAGUGAGAAGGAGAAAGUCAUUAGCCAUUGUAAAACCCUCUCGGGCUUAUCAUUGUGCGAUUUGGAGAUGGGAGAAGCGAGGCAAGGGACAAAUGUAGUAAAUGUGCAGGUAUGCGCAACAACGACAGGAAAAGACAGGUCAACAUAUGUACUGGAAGCUGGAGGAGGAACUUUGAUUGAAGUUGCUAAAGAGGUUUCCACAAAAGAGACACCAGGGCGGACAAGUGGCUAAGGUGCGGUGAUAAAAGUCACCAAUCCACCGCGCUUUGGUCUGCGGUAGAACGAGAAUCCGCUUUUGAGAUGGAGGAAUAAUGAUAGCGUCGAUAUGUUCCUAGGGUAUGUGUCGCUGCGAUUGACUACGAUGCGUGACAUUGCGAUAGAUAUAUACUAGGGUAGUAUCAAUGCUAGCCUACAACAGCUCAC